GCUAGCCUCCUGAGGCUGGAGCCUGAGGCUGAGGCGACGAGCUUCUCAGAUUCUUUCAUACUUCAACAGGACAUGCAAGUUGUUAGGUGUUAGGCAGUGCAUGGCGCAUCCUGAAUCUGAAAGGACGGUUGGUAACGGUCCCGUGGAAUCUAGGUAGAUCAGGUGGCGCAAUGAACCAGCACCAGCAGCAGGGGGACGGGACGGCCGAUGGGUAUGGAUAUGGUGCUGGUGGGGCUGGAGGCAAGAGCAGCAAGGCACGCAAGCAUGCGGGCGGUAGAAACAGCACCCCUUACGCUCGGCCAGCGACAGGCCGGCACGCUGCUGCGGGGCCCUCAAAUGCCGCAGCUUUGGGUAGCGCGAAAGCGAAUGGGGGACAGGCAACUUCUGCCGGCCCAGGCGAGUUGGCAAGGCCAUUGAAGAAUAAUGGCUGGUGGGGAGCACUUUCGAGCAUCGCCUCUGGCGCAGCGCAUCUCGUGACGACUCCACUCAGCUUCUUCAAGAGCGAUCCGCGUCCUGAGAAUGAGAAACAAGAUGCUGAUGUAAAAGAAAAUGGAGAUUCAGAGGUUGGUCCCAGCGGACGGGCUAGACAACCAGAAAGAGAAGACUCAGAGGAGGAGCCUCAGGCGGCCGGAGUCAGGUCCGUUGACCUCUCUGAGCUCAUCAAGCACUCAAUGGAUGGGGUGGUGUUGAGCGAGGAGGAAUGUGAGAAGGAGUGCGAGAGGAUCAGGCAGUUUCUGAAAUCAAAAACAAAGGGAAAACGACCACUGGGAUCUGUCAGGCGGCCGGAUGCCAGAUCUGCGGAAGAAACGCCCCACGAGCCUCUGGAGAGGCAAGGGUUUCAGAGCCAGAGUAAUUUAAAACCUGAUGCUGUUGGGCGGGCGGACCCGACACAAGAGCAUCCUGACGUUGAUGCAAAUGGGAGCUUAGAGGAACAAGAGCAGGGAAGAAGCCGUGGGAUGGAACUGGCGUACUCGGAAGGAAGGAGCUUACGGGCAACUGGACGCACUCAGGACGAAGAGUCACCCGUGAAGGUUGCCCUCAAGUUCAUGAACCAGGCACGUUUGCCGGCUCAGUCGGCAGAUCUUAGUCCUGAUUCGAACAAGUCGUUCUCGUUCCCAAGGCUGGACAACAGCAGAGAGAUGGACAGGAGAUUCACAGGCAGCGGCCUGCAAGGAUUUGCGGAAGAAGGGGGAGGUCACUACCGCACCCCGGCUCCUCGGAGGGGUUCAAUUACGAGCAGGCCGUACACUCUUCAGCAGAGGGCAGGCUCUGUCGAGAUUGGGGAGGACUUUGGAACAAGGUGGACACCAGUGAGGGCUCCGUUGAGUGGUGGGCGAGAGAUGCUGAAGCGCAGGGUCUCCGAGGUGGCAGACGGCUGGCAGACGGAGUCCCUGAGGAGGAUCCGGCAGCGCGGACUGGAGGACGUCGAAGGCUCAGUGCAGCGGCGCAGCUUCCGGCAUGCCGUCCAGGCCACCCCGGCCCCCUCCCUCCGGCCCCCCGCUUCAUCCUUCACCCCCGCUCCCAGCCAAACCUUCACCCCGGGGACCUCAGGCCGAGCUCCGCAGACCGGUCGCCGGCUCCCUUCGCUGCCCCCUGCUUCUCAACCCCCCUCAAGUGCUCUAAGAGGAUCGAUGGUUGCGGGUGCUGAAAGGGCUCUGAGCGUUCGGCAAGAGGGGCGGGGAUCGGGUGCCGGGGGCCAGCUGCCGAGCCUGAGGAGGACCGAGAUGAGCAAGACGGCUUCCAAGAUCUUCGAGACGCUCGACAUGAUGUUGUCGCCACGGAAGCUGGUCGGUGCCAAUCUGUCCCCAGAGGUGCUUCACGAUAUGAACCUGAAUGAGAGAGCGCGGCUCACGCAGAGCACGCUGGACGCCCUCCCGCCUGUCGACUCGCUGCGCGCCAGUCCCGGUCGCGAGAGCCCCCCGGCCCUGCCCUCCAGCGAGGCCUUCCCCCCGUCGACAUCUGCCGACUACCAAGCAGCCAGCGCGUCUGCAGAGAGGGCUAUGGGAGGAACACCCGGGCAGAAAAGCACGAAGGCAGUUGAGGGGAGCAAAGAAGCGGAGCGGGAGGAUCGAGAAAGAGAGAAGACGGCAGCUGAAAGGGAGGAGAGGGGUCCGAGUACUUUGGAGGAGAGGCGGGAACAGCCGACAACGGAGCAGACGGGGAGGGAGAGGGGGGCUAAGCGGGGCAAGGUGUUCAGGGCUCCAGAACCGGGAGAGGACGAGGAAGGUGGGGCAGUGGGCGUCUCGAUCUUUCCCACCUCCCAGCCAGCGGCCGUCAAAAGCAUCUUCACCGCCCCUGCAACGACCGCCCCUGCUGCCACGCUCUUCACCGGAAUGGCUCCCGUCAUGAGCGCAUCAGCGCUCAGCGGCGGCACUCCUCCGGCCUUCACGUUCUCCGAAUCCAAAGUGGCCAAGGAGUCCUUCCAGGGACUGAAGGAGGGGGCGGAUCUGAAGGCACCGGCGGGCUUGCCCGAGUUUGGCUUUAAAGCUCAGUCGGACUUCUCGUUCAGUCCUCUGGCGGCCGAGAAGGAAAAGCCGGCACCUGCGCCGCCUUCCGUAACUACCACCUCUGCACCGCUCUUCGGCGGUUCAUUCGGCGGCUUCACUGCACAGCCCCCUGAGUCCGCCCCGGCGACCCCUAGCUUUGGAACCGCGGCCAACGCAUCAGCGCCCGCCAAAGCCUUCGCCUUUAUGGCAAGCGUGCCAGCUGUCCAGCCCGGAGCGCCUUCUCUAUUUGCAUCAGCGCCUGCGACCGGGUCAGCGGUGACAGGCUCGAGCGGCAAGCGGAAAGCAGAGAGCGAUGCCAACGGAGUUGAGGAGGCGAAAGAGGGGGGGCAAAAAGAAGCAGCCCCGGCUGCGGAGGACAGCGGAUUGAUGGGGUUCUUGAAGACACGGAAGAGCGGAACGACGGAAGGGGGCGCCAGCAGAGCGGAAACGGCCCCGAGCCAACCGCUGGCGUUUGGGCAGGGAGCGGGGAUCUUCGGGGGCGGCGCGCCGCCCGUGUCAGCGCCCGCGCCAACGGCAGCUUUCGGGGGGGUGUUUUCGGCAGGCCGAUUGGGCCCGAAAGCGGACGAGAAAACUAGCGCGGCAGUGGAGAGCAACGGCAACAAGGAAUCAGCGACACCCAGCACGUCUGCACUGCCGGCCUCGGAGGCGCCCGCGAAGCCGAGCGGGUUUGCUUCCAUUCUGCCAACCACAGCAGCACCCGCAGUCUCGACCACUCCCGCGGCAGCGAGCAGCAGCGCACCGAGUUUCUUUGCUUUUGGGCAGCCCCCCGCAUUGGCCCCAAGCACGAGCGCAGCGCCUGAAACCGUCAAACCUUUGACAUUCGGCACCCUCACGUCAGCGAGCACGUCAGCCGCCCCGGCCUUGGCGUUCGGAGUCGCAAAAUCGUUCGAAACGCCCCUCGUAAACCCUUUCGGCGCUCCCAAACCUGCUGAGACUUCAGCCGCGUUCACUUUCGGCGGCGCCAAGCCGGCGGAGCCCUCAUCCGCCGCCCCUGCCACAUCUACCACGGCGCCCGUCUUUGGCGGCACGGGGUCGACGUUCACGGGAGUCGUCUUUGGGGGGCAGUCCACGCCUGCCUUUGGCAGCAACCCAGCACCCGCCUUCGGAUCGUCGGCAGUGAGCGCACCCAUUUUCGGUAAUGCUUCUUCCACGUCAGCAGCGAGCACACCGUCGUUCACCGGCUUCGGAACGACGCCACCGGCGCUCUUCGGCGCUCAAGCAUCGGCGCCGGCCAGCUCCGCUCCGUUCUCCUUCACGGCCGCCGCCACACCCAGCGGCACUUCCGCCGUGUUUGCCUUUGGCGGCCAAAACACCGCCGCCGCUAGUUCUGCCGCUCCCGUUUUCCCUGGCUUUGGUGCUGCUGCGGCCGCGCCGGUCUUUGGUGGGGCGACUGCAAACGGGACGGUGUCGAACGGGCCCCCGUCACCGGGUAGCGCUAUGGAUGAUAGCGGUAUGGCAGAGGAACCGGCGCAACCUGCGCAGUUGGCCCCGCCAGCGGUUCCACUUUUCGGUCAGCAGCCGCAGUCGGUCGCGCCACAGCCUGGAGCGUUUGGCUUCUCUCAGCAGAGCCCGUUCCCGGCGGCCGCGAAUCCGUUCCAACAACCGCAGCAACCGAAUGCCGCUUUUGGUGCCGGCCAGCCGGCCGCCAAUCCCUUCGGAGCCGGGACACAGUCUUUCGGUGGGUUCAACAGCGGGCAGGGGGCUGGCUUCAGCGUGGGAAGCAUGGGGGGGGAUGAUAAGUCGGGCCGGGUGAUUAGAAAGGCGAAGCGGCCUGCAGGGGCCAAGAAGCGGUAGCCAAGGUUCCAUGAAAGGUGCAUUUUUGACACGUUGAUGUAGCUAGGGUCCCACGAAGUGGCUGCUUGUCCCUAGAAUUCAUUCUGGCCGCUCCUCUCGUACUGAUGAUGCGGGAGACGAGGAUACGGUUCAUGGUUACGGGUCCAGGAUUCAUUACGUCCGUGGGUAUAGACCCAAGCACAAUUCUCAGUCCAGUAGGGUAGUGGCCGCAUAGGUAGUCCUGGCUCCGUCCUUUGGUGCGAGUCUGACCUCAGACAGCUUUUGAGUUUGCCGAACGAUUGCCACUGGUGGGAACUCUAGACCUCACCACAUUCAUGCGUGUGAAGUUUUCAAGUCCAGCUAGUUGGCAUGAGCCUUGAUCUGUUGCACGCACUUCAGUCUGAAUCGUACUGGUGAAUUCAGUAGUGUUUUGUCCAACUCCGGAAUACCUGUGCCAUGCCUGGCUUAGCUUUGCUCAAGGGUUCUGAACAAU